UAAAUUGCCAUAUAUAAAUAUCAAAAUACAUUUGGAAAACAAAAGGUAAAAAAAAACGAAAAUGUCACAAACCGCCGCUGCCCUCCGCCGUCAAAUUUCCGUUAUUCCGUCUUCUUCAAGCCGCAAUCAAUUUUCCGUCGAGUGAAUGGAAUCGAACUGAGAAGAAGCUGAAAGAGAAGGAAAUAUAGAAAGGAUGUUUGAGGGAUUGGUGAGGCAGUUAAUAUGGGGUUACCUAGGCAAAUACAUUAAAGACAUCCAAAAAGAGCAGCUCAAGAUCACCCUAUGGAAUGAGGAAGUAUUACUGGAAAAUGUGGAGCUGAUUCUCGAAGCCUUUGACUACCUACGGCUACCGUUUGCUUUCACACAAGGCAUGGUUGGGAAGUUAAGCAUCAAAAUUCCCUGGAAGAAACUAGGGUGGGACCCAAUCAUAAUCAUUCUGGAGGAUGUAUAUAUUUGUCUCUCUCAAAGAGAUGACAAGGAGUGGGCAAUGGAUGCUAUUAAAAGAAGAGAAUAUGCAAGCAAAAAGGCCCAGCUUGCAGCAGCUGAACUUGCAAAGCUAUCAAGACGCGUAUGUGAUAAUCAGACUGGAAAAUCUUUUAUUUCACAUAUCACUGCUAAGAUUCUUGACAGCAUCCAAGUGUCCAUCAGAAAUGUUCAUGUCCUCUACUGUGAAAAACGGAGUGCAGCGGAAGAUCUGCUGUUUGGACUGAAGUUUUCAAGUUUGACAAUUAUGAAGCAAACUGCUUUCAGAUCGGCAACUACCAAAGUUAAAGGGGGUCGAGUCAACAAAUUGAUUGAAAUUCAGAAUUUAGAACUUUAUUGUGAUACCUACGGAGAAGCUAGUGAUUUGAAGAUGGAGAAUGCUCACAUUUCGAAUAGUAUGGGAAAGGAAGAACUUGAGGAUAAUAAAUAUUCAAAAAUAUUAGCUCCUCUCAAUGUAUCAGUAUCUUUGUCGGUAAACAAAUCAGGGAAAUUACUAAAUGAUGCUCCGCAGUAUACUGUCAACAUUGAGCUAGCUAGCAUGGCUACCUCAAUGGAUGAGAAUCAAUUGCAGCAGAUAUUGUCUCUUCUUGAUUAUGUAUCAAUAUGUCAAUUGAGAGAGAAUUAUGGGUGUUAUCGCCCUUGGAGGAGCCCUUUAGAGCAAAAGCUAAAGGGGUGGCAAAAGGCAUGGUGGCACUAUGCUCAAGAGUCUGUUCUUUCUGAUGUUCGUAGGAGGUUGAGAAGAACUUCUUGGAAGUGCUUCACAGAGAGGCUAAACUCUCGCCGGAAGUAUGUGAACUUGUACAAGGCCAAGUUGAAAUGCCUCAGACAUGACCAGAUGAUAGAUGAAGAUGUCGAGCAGGAGCUGGAGGAAAUGGAAAAAGAAACUGACAUAGAAGAUAUUUUGAAUUACAGAGCUGUUGCCGAACAGGAACUAGAGGAUUUCCUGGUAAAACCAUCAUCAAAGUAUGGUAGCAAUGGUGAAAACAUGAACAAGUCAGUAGACGAUGAUCAGCCUCCUAACAAACCCCGUGGAUGGUUGAAUUGGCUAUCUUAUGGGAUGCUUGGAGCUGGGGGGACAGAUGUUACUAAUCAAUUUUCUGGUGUCAUUUCAGAUGAUGCGAUCAAAGAUAUAUACGAGGCGACAAAAUUCUAUCCCGCCCCUGCAGUGAUUGGAGACUCUGCUAUUAAGGAAGAGGUGUACUUUUAUUCAGUGAAGAUCAAUAUUUCUGAUAUUCAUACCAAGCUCCGGAGCAUGAAGCUGGGUCAGAAUAUUGCUGACUUGAUGCUCAGUGGGAUUUCUAUCAAGGCUAAGGUCCGGGAGGAAUCUGCUGCCAUUACUGCCUCAGUCAACUCUGCUAAGAUACUCAAUCCAUUCAACAAUCAAAUUAUUCUUUCAUCAAAAAAGAUGAAUUCAGAGGAUGCUGUUUUGGGCAAGCAGCUUCCCUCUUUAGAUAUCACAGUGGAGAUGCCCCCACCCAGUUCUGAUAGUAAUUUGUCAGUGAAGGUGACGCUUAGUCCAACCAAGCUAUAUUGUGAUUCAGAGCUUUUAAAGAAUAUUUUGGAUUUCUUAGAUGUUCUACACCACAUGAGCUUUCAACAGCAGAGGAUCCUGCUGUCUCUAAAUGGAAUUGAUGAUCCUAACUCACGGCUUCUAUCAAAACUUGACUACGUUUUAUCUAGUCGUAAGAAGAUCACGUGGGAUAUUAAUCUUUUGAAUACUGCCAUUAAUCUACCAUGGGGACAUGCUAAUAAUGGAGGGCAUAAUACGGUUAUAGAAAUAGCAGCUAUUUCCUUCACAUCCAAAUCUGAAAUAGCCUCUUCUGCUUCUCCCAUCGGAGAUACAUCUCAUCUUUUGGAUCAUGUUGGAUCUGGUCCCAGAGGCUCUGAAUUUGGAUUUCAGCUUCAUAACCUCUAUGAUCACUUUGAAAUCCUGAUAUCUGAUACAGAGAUGAAUAUAAUCAUGCCUUCUUCUGUAACUCUCCCCCUCCUUGAAAAAUUUAGUGCUUCUGCAAGCUUGGUAUCCUGUAUUUUACCUGAUGAACCAGUUCUAAAGGUUUUUGAGGUUCAUGUGCAGGUGCCCUCACUUGUGGCCCACUUCUCUGCUUCUGUUUAUGGGGAAAUUAUUGGAUUGAUUUCACAGUUUAGCAUGCUUCUUCCAUCAGACUCCUCAGAUUCACUUGAACAAAAGUCAAAUGACUUGAAGGCCUCUGAGAAUACCUGGUUCUCUGUUGAUGCUAGUUUGGAUGCAAUUUAUUUGCUAGUUAAUCUUGAAGACAAUUUGGCUGAUGGGUGCACACUGAACCUCAAUUUCCAGGAACUAGGUGUUUGGUACGACCAAAGAGAUUUUCCAGAUUGCUGGGUUUCUCUUCAAGCUUGUCAGGUAUCUGCUAGUUCCGCGAAAGAUGAUUGUGAAAACCAUGUGCUUUGCUCAAGCAUCCGGGGCUCUUUAUCAGAAAAUCAGCAUAACAUGAGUGUUGAUGGUCAAAAUGGACUUUUGGAAGAUGAAACUUCACUUUCUCCUCACUGCAUUUUUCUGCAUUUUGUAGCUAUGAGAAAUACUUCGUGGAUCCUUCAGAAAUACACAAUAUGUGCGAGUGGUCUUGAAAUUCAUUGCCAUCCAUUUAUUGUCCGGAAGCUGGUUGGCUUCUUUGACGAAAUAACACUUUAUGGACAUUCUGAUUUUGAUGACAAGAAAAACAAUGUAGCAGAUCAAAACUCGCCAAUAUUUGGUUUUGAACCUAAGCAACAUAGUCUUUCAAAUGGAAUUGGUUUCAGUGAAUCAGUAAACAUCCCGUUGGAUCACUUCCUUUCUACUACAUUUGAGGAUGGAAAAUCUUUUUGUAACCUUGAAAACUUGGUUGACGAUAUGAGGCUUAAGUUCAAUAAAACACUCAAUUUGAGAGACCAGAAAUUCAGACCCUCUGAAGUUAGCCUUCCAGACAGAACAAUGAUGUUUUCCAGGCCACCUGUAAAUUCUAAUCUUGAUUCUGAUUCUUCCAUGUGUACAUUUAUAAACAGGGAUUCAGUUCUUGUCAAUUUGAAUCUUACCAAUCUCACUAUGCAUUUUCAUGAUGCCACUUGCAUUAUUGGAACUAUUGUGGUGCCCUUGGCAAAAUCAGUAGUCACCAUUUCUGAAGACAUGUUGGAUAUGGUAUGUUCUACAGAAGGAGCGUCUCUUUCUACAUCAUGGUGGAAAAAAAUAAUUCAUGAAUUUCUUUGGGGACCCUUAUCUUCAAACCAUUCACCUAUCUUGAAUAUAAGUCUGAAGAAAAGGAACACUCAGUUACAAAAUUCACACAGUGAAUUGAGUUUCUAUGUCCAGCAUGUCCUUUGCAUGUUGCCUCCGGACUUUUUGGCGAUGUUGAUUGGUUAUUUCUCACUACCAGAUUGGAGCCCUUAUGAACAAGUACUACCUUCUGAUACUAUGAAUAUUCAGGGCUCUACUACAUUUAGUCUCGAGAUAGUUGACUGUAAUGUGAUUACACCUGCUGAUAAUGAUUUCUGUCGGUUGCUACAGAUUGAUAUCAAACAGUUAUUUGCUACUUAUUCUGAAAGUAGUGACAGAAGUUCAUUAACCAGAAAUAUUCCAUCCUCAUGCUGCAUUGGUGCUGGAAAAUUUCUUGAUAGAAAUCAUUGUUUGGAUUUCUUUGGACGUGACCUAUCCCUGUCUGUUAUAUUGUUGGGAAAGGAUGUAGUCAAUCCGUUGGACGGAUGCCAAAAACUGGUAUUGAUUGCAUCGCUUACUGCAGAUGUGUGGGUGAGAAUACCCUAUUAUUCUCAGACUGAUUCAGCUUCUUAUCCAGUUUGUAUCAUGGCUUUGGUCAAUGACUGCGUGAUUGAUAUUGAAGAAGAACGUACAAUCACUGGACUGGAUGCACUGGGUUACGUCAUCGAUCAGUUUUCCUUGGUGGAACAAGAAUCCAAUAUGUUCACUUAUGAUAUUGUGCGGUUUCUACAGACAAAGAAACAAUUAAUGGAGCAUUCUGCGCUCCUGUCUAAAAGUGCAGAUGUAACAACCAAUGAGAUGAGAUUCUGUGUGAGGUCAUUAUCACUAAGAUUACACAAGUUGAAAAGAGACUCAACAUGUUCUGAAAUCAUAGCGGAGGCUGAGAUGCACUUUGUUUGUUCUUUAUCAUUGAUUAAUGGCAAACCCCACUUUUUUGAUAUCUCUUUCUUUUCUGUGGCACUAUUUUCGUUGCUAAACUCUGUUGCCCUUGCUGAAUUUUCUUGUACUGAUUCAGGCUUGUCAGUCCUUGACAUGAUUCUUGUAGUAUCCCGUCAUGGUGAAAAUCAGAUAGUUUUGUCCUUUCCUAGUUUGGAUGUGUGGCUAUAUUUGCCUGACUGGAAUGAGGUUAUUGAUCUACUUGUUUCAUUCAGCAAGAAACUGUCUACACAGGUUUCAGGUGCAUCUGCUGAAGGUUUGUCCAGUGUUACUGCUGAUAAUUGUCCAAGUGUGGCGUCAGAUAGACAAAGUCAUGUUCCACCGGAGGACAUCGAUCUGGAUGCGGGUUCAUCUGUUUUAACAUUAGAACAUGUCGGCCUGUCUAUACAUUUUCCUGCACUGGUUAGCGGAGGUGCAUGUGACACAUUUGGAAGGCCCCAUGUUCAUGAGUUGCCAUCUGGUGAUGCCUGUGGCAAUCAUAACUGCUUUAUAUCCAUUAGCCUGCAAAGUAAAAACAGCGAAUUUGUUUCUGAUGGCAAAAGUGUGAAACUUGCAAUCAAUUCUGAUUACACGAAUGCAGUGCUGAAGCUAUUAUCUGGAGACAUUGCACAAAGUUGGCCUCUUCUCCAGUUAACUAAAAUCUACCUUGAGGCAGAAAUUUUUGAAAAUCAGACUGAAAAUCUGAGCAUGGAUUUGUUCAUUCGUUCUGAUAGUCUGGAUUUGUCUCUCGGAAAUCACAUCCUAUACCUCUUUUACUUUACAUGGUUUGAGAAAGCAGAAGAUACACCUCAAUUUUUUAUCAAGAGAAUGAACAUAAACGCCCAACUAAGGAGAUUGUCUCUUCACCUAAAUGACUGGAAGACUUCGAAUGGACCAUUGCUGGAGUUUCUUGUGAGAAAUUCAAGUUUUUGGUCCACUGUAACUGAGGAUGAAAUUGAAGGAUCUCUUGGGUGUGACCUUCAAGUGAACUACUACAACAUUGACAAGGUCUUGUGGGAGCCUUUUCUAGAGCCUUGGAAAUUCCAGUUAAGCAUGAGUAGAAAGCAGGAUGAGAGAGCUCUCUUCAGCGGCACUAUCACGACAGACAUCAAUCUUGAAUCCAAGACACAUCUCAAUCUGAAUCUUAAUGAACCCAUUAUCGAGGUUAUCUCGAGGGCAGUUGAGAUGGUCAAUGAUGCAUGGAGCCUUACUGCAAUGACAGAAAGCCCAGACUUGUCAAAUUUACAGAUAGCUAAAGGUGUAGGGACUAGAAGAUAUGCUCCAUACAUGCUGCAAAAUUUGACUACUCUGCCCCUGCUAUAUGCGUGUCAACAUAAACUUGGGGCUGAUGAUUUGGACGUGUCCCCAUCAGAAGGAGUCUUGCAACCUGGAUCUUCUACUCUUAUUUAUAUCAAUGAAUCACCUGAAGAACUACUUGUCAGAUACAGACCAGCUCGUUCUUCUGACAGACUCAACGACAAACAAUUGCUGGAGUCAGCACAUCGAUAUGUUACUUUCCAACUGGAGGGUACCUCUGCACCUUCUUCUCCCAUCUCAAUGGAUCUGGUCGGUCGGAACUACUUUGAAGUUCAGUUUUCAAAGUCCUGCCAUGUCCCUGAAUUUCAUAGUGAUGCUAAUUCUAUUAAAAAUAGAACGAGUGAAGGAAAUGGUGGUGCAGAUGCAAAUAAAGGAUUCGCUAUUCCUGUAGUGAUUGAUGUAUCUGUACAACGGUUUACUAAGUUGAUGCGGUUAUACUCAACAGUUGUAAUUUUAAACUCAACUUCAGUGGUGCUUGAAGUGCGAUUUGAUAUUCCAUUCGGUUUAUCUCCGAAGGUUUUAGGGCCAAUAUAUCCUGGUCAAGAGUUUCCUCUCCCUCUCCACCUAGCUGAAUCAGGCUGCAUAAGAUGGCGUCCUGUUGGUGACUCGUACCUAUGGAGUGAAGCUUAUAAUAUCUCAAGUAUCAUCUCUCGAGAUGUCAAAAUAGGCUUUUUGCGUUCCUUUGUCUGCUAUCCUUCUCUUCCUAGCAGUGAGGCAUUUCGCUGUUGCAUUUCCGUGAAUGGUCAGUGUCUUUCUCCAGUGGGCUGUGGGAAAAGAGUGUAUUCGGUAAUUGGUGUUGAUAGCGGUAACCAGUGUCAAGAGAGUCACAGUCAAUCCUCCCACAACUUGGAGACACCAAAGAAUAGAUUAUUAUAUCAAGUGAUGUUAACAAGUCCAUUGGUGUUGAAAAAUUAUCUCAUGAAAUUGAUGUCUGUGACAUUAGAAGAUGCUGGCGUCACGCGUACAUCAUUUCUUUCUGAGGUGGAAACUUCUUUCUACCAUAUCGAUUCUUCUCAUGACUUUUCAAUAACAUUUCAAAUGCAUGGAUUCAAGCCUUCAACUUUGAAGUAUCCACGUGCAGAAUCAUUUAGCGAAAAAGCUAGAUUCAGUGGAACUAAGUUCUCUGUGUCUGAAAUAGUUAAAUUUGAGUCUGAGUUUACUAAUGGACCAUUAUACGUUACGAUGGAGAAAGUGAUGGAUGCGGUCUCUGGAUCUCGUGAACUAUUCAUAUCUGUUCCAUUUUUGUUGUUUAACUGUACUGGAUUUCCUCUGGCACUCUCAAGCUCUGGAAACGAAAUGAAAGGAUUUAGCUGUAUCAUUCCUUCAUGCUAUGACCUAGAUGAGAAGAAUGUUCCUGUCAAAAAGAAAGAUGGCCUUUCUCUUAUUUUAUCUGAUCAGGAUGUACCUGCUUCAGGUUCUACUAAUGAAGUAAAUUCGUAUACAUCCGAUCUUGUAGAAAGUGGUAGUAAAAAGGUUUCAGCUUGCCUUUUUUCUCCCGAUCCUGACUCGUAUUCCGGAGAGGUUAUGGUGAAGCUCGGUAGACAUGUGCCUUCUGUCAUAGAAAAUCUCCAAAAGCGUUCUUGGUCCGCCCCCUUUUCCCUAGUUCCACCAACUGGUUCUACCAGUGUUCUUGUUCCUCAACCCUCAAUGUUAUCCGGUUAUGUCUUAUCUGUUUCUGCUGUGGCUGCACCAUUUUAUGGGAGGACAAAAAUUAUCACUUUUCAGCCCAGAUAUGUGAUUGUCAAUGCUUGCACCAAAAUUUUAUGUUAUAAGCAAAAGGGUACGGACUCCUCUUUUCAAUUGGAAGCUGGAAAACAUGCCUACAUUCAGUGGAUGGAUAGUAAAAGGGAGUUAUUGCUUUCUGUUCGCUUUGAUGAACCUGGAUGGGAGUGGUCUGGGUGCUUCUUACCCAAGCAGUUAGGUGACACUCAGCUUAAAAUGCGCAACUACAUGACUGCUGCUGUGUACAUGCUGCGAGUAGAAGUGCGCAAUGCUGAUGUUUCUGUUGGAGAAGAAAAGAUUGUUGGGAGCACAACUGGAAACUCCGGGACAAACUUAAUUCUUCUGUCAGACGAUGAUACUGGCUUUAUGCCAUAUAGGAUUGACAACCAUUCAAGGGAGAGGUUGCGGAUUUACCAGCCUAAAUGUGAAUCAUUUGAAACAGUUAUUCACUCCUACACAUCUACUCCUUAUGCUUGGGAUGAACCCUGCUAUCCCCACCGUCUUGUUGUUGAGGUCCCGGGUGAACGCAUUUUAGGAUCAUAUGCUAUUGAUGAUGUGUCAGCCCAUUCACUUGUGUACCUUUCAGCUACAUCGGAGAAGCCUGAUAGAAAAUUGUUGAUAUCUGUCCAUUCAGAAGGAGCAAUAAAGGUCCUCAGUAUCAUCGAUUCAAGUUACCAUGUUUUGAAUGAUUUGAAGAGACUUCACGUUCCUCAGUUGAAAGAUAAUGGAAAGCAAGCUAAAGAGUAUGCGUCAUUUGUUAAUUACAAAGAAAAAGUUUCAGUUGACAUUCCUUUUCUUGGAGUCUCUUUAAUGAACUCUCACCCUGAGGAGAUACUCUUUGCAUCUGCUAAGAACACAAAGCUUACCUUCGCACAGAGCUUAGACCAACAACAGUUUUCCCUGCAAAUUGCAUCAUUACAAAUUGAUAACCAAUUACGUACAAGUCCAUAUCCUGUAAUCCUCUCGUUCAACUCUGGAAGCAAGGGAAAUAUGGUAAAUGGGAUGAAGCUUAAAGAUAUCAGUGGAAGUACAAAUCAAACUACCACUUCGAGCUUGUAUGAGCCAGUAUUGUUCUUAGGUGCUGCCAAGUGGAGAAACGCCGAAACAUCACUGGUUUCAUUUGAAUCUAUUACCCUCAGAAUGGCAGAUCUGUAUCUUGAGAUUGAGCAAGAAAUCGUACUGAGAUUGUUUGAAUUCUGCAAAACAGUAUCAUCUAGGUUGCAGAGUAGAGUUUAUCAACAUACAGGCUCAACCCAGAAUUUGUUGUUCCCGGAAUUGGAGAUCACUGGAGAAACCUCUAGAAAUGCUCCAUAUUCUGCUAUCCUUGUUGAAGAUCAGAAAACAAAGUUUUUGCUGCCCAACAUCGUUCCUAUUGGAGCUCCGUGGCAACAAAUUCACCUUUCUGCACGGAACCAGAAGAAAGUAUAUGUUGAGCUAUUUGAUAUGGGGCCAAUUAAACUUACAUUGAGCUUUUCUAGCAGCCCAUGGAUCCUCAGGGAUUGUGUCCUAACAUCUGGAGAAUCUCUUAUUCAUAGAGGUCUCAUGGCUCUUGCUGAUGUUGAGGGUGCAAAAAUUCAUUUCAAAGAGUUAGUUCUUUCGCACCAGAUAGCUAGCUGGGAAACCAUUCAAGAGAUCCUCGUAAGUCAUUACACGCGGCAAUUUCUGCAUGAGAUGUACAAGGUUUUCGGUUCUGCUGGGGUUAUUGGAAAUCCUGUGGGAUUUGCUAGAAGCUUAGGUCUCGGCAUCAAAGACUUCUUCUCCCUUCCAAUGUGGAGUGUAAUUCAGAACCCGACUGGUCUUAUAACCGGUAUGGCCCAAGGUACAACGAGCCUCCUCAGCAGUACAGUCUAUGCAAUAAGUGAUGCUACUAGUCAAUUCAGCAAAGCUGCACAUAAGGGGAUUGUAGCAUUUACAUUUGAUGACCAAACUGCAACAAUGAUAGAAAGACAACACAAAGGGAUGUCUUCACACAGUAAAGGAGUUAUAAAUGAAUUCCUCGAGGGGCUAACUGGUGUGCUUCAAUCACCAAUCAAAGGGGCUGAAAAACAUGGCCUGCCUGGAGUACUUUCAGGUAUUGCUGUGGGUGUUACUGGGCUCGUGGCGAGACCAGCAGCCAGUAUACUCGAGGUGACUGGAAAAACCGCGCAAAGCAUCAGAAACCGCAGUAGGAUUCACCAGAUGGGUUACCGGUGUUUUAGGGUCCGCUUACCCCGGCCUUUAAGCUCAGAAUCCCCGCUGAAGCCUUACUCAUGGGAUGAAGCAGUUGGGACGUACAUUCUCACUGAAACCGAUGUGAAUCUGCGGGAUGAGACACUAGUCAUCUGCAAAGCGCUUAAGCAGUCUGGUCAGUACGUGUUGAUCACCGGGAGACUCAUCUUAGUUGUUAGCUGUCCCAGUUUGAUAGAGUCGGAAGGAGUUCCUGCGGAUCCAAAGUGGGAAAUACUCUCAGAAAUAGGUUUAGACAGUGUGAUUCUUGCUGACAAUGAUGGUGAGGUGGUGCACAUAGUUGGAAGCGGUUCAGAUACCACGUCGUUUAGACAGAACCUUCAGCAUCCGAAAAGAGGGAGUGACGAUGCAAAAGGGAAGCUCUGGAGCAGCUCUCACACGCCGCUCCCUUUUCUGCAAACCAAUUUGGAAUUGGGAUCGGAGGAAGAAGCAGACGAUUUCUUGCGAAUGCUACGAGGUAUGAUCGAAAGCGGGAGAGAGCAAGGGUGGGGUGCCAAAUAUAUACUACACCAGAGCAAUAUAAGGUAGGAAUGGACUUUGCAUUCUUGAGUCUCAUAUUUGCCUUUUUGCUAUGUUUUGAUACAGCUUUUUUUAAUGAUCUUUUUUCUGUAUAGUGUCAUAUUGUAUGAAAUUUUGCAAUCUAGGUUUAUGAAAGGGUGUAUUUCUUAGAAAUCGUUAAAUGUUGGAAAUAAAAUUUGAAUCAGUCAUAUUUUUGUUA